CAGGGUGACCACGCCCUUCGUGACGUCAGGGCGCGUCGCCAUCUUCGCUGAGGGCGGGGCUUUACUCCCAGCUCAGUGUAGAGGAUGGAUUUGUUGUGAAAGAAGCUGAACUCAGGCUGAGAAGAUAAACACACACACACACACACUCACACACUCUUACACUCUCUCACACACACGCACACACACACAGGACGAGUUUAAUCCUGAGUGCUGAAGUUCUGAGCCAAAAUGGCGGACGACGCUGACAUGAGGAACGAGCUGACCAACCUGCAGGAGCGAGCGGACCAGCUGGCCGACGAAUCGUUGGAGAGUACUCGGCGCAUGCUGCAGCUGGUGGAGGAGAGUAAAGAUGCCGGUAUCAGGACUCUGGUUAUGCUGGAUGAACAGGGAGAACAACUGGAGCGCAUUGAGGAGGGAAUGGAUCAGAUCAACAAGGACAUGAAGGAAGCGGAGAAGAACCUGACGGACCUGGGGAACCUCUGUGGGCUCUGUCCCUGUCCCUGUAACAAACUGAAAGAGCGAGGACAGAAUUGGGGAAACAAUCAGGACGGCGUUGUUUCCAGCCAGCCGGCUCGUGUAGUGGAUGAACGUGAACAGAUGGCCAUCAGCGGGGGAUUUAUUCGCAGGGUAACGAAUGAUGCGCGGGAGAAUGAGAUGGAUGAGAAUCUGGAGCAGGUUGGCAGCAUCAUCGGGAAUCUGCGUCACAUGGCUCUGGACAUGGGCAACGAGAUCGACACUCAGAACCGCCAGAUCGACAGGAUCAUGGAGAUGGCUGAUUCCAACAAAACGAGGAUCGACGAGGCCAAUCAGCGCGCCACAAAAAUGCUGGGCAGCGGCUAAACGCCUGAGAAAUUACUUUCAACCUUCUGUCCCACUUCCUGCCUGUUUCCUCUUCUAUAUAAUCAGCUUUACACACAUAUGUAUACACACACAUGUGCACACACACACACACACACACACACACAGACACACAUACACGUCUAUACACACACACACACACACACACAUACACGUGUAUACACACCUACACACAUGUACACACACAUAUCAUAGAAACUGCUGUUCUGUGUUGUAUAGUAGUGAUGAGUGAUUCAUGAUUCACUCCUGUUAAAUGACUCUUUUAAGUGAAUCAUGUGAAUCAAUUCACAAUCACAAACAAAUCUCACACUGAUUCUGCUUUCAGAAAAAUUCAGCAGUGAUUUUUUUUUUUUAUCUCCUGUCACUUAAAGUUUCUAUCAGUUAUCUGCAGGAAAUAUUCAGAACAAACCUUCUGACCACAAAUUAGACGUCUUCAGAAUCAGGUGUCUCCUUUAGUCCAUAUAUGGACAAAACUCUGAAUAUUCAUCAGCAAAUUAAAAUUCUUUUGACAUGGCCACGCCCCCUUUGCUUUCUCCGUGUGAACAAGCACAGUCUUAUAGUCAGUGUAUAGUUUAUAGUAAGUUAUAGAUAUUAAUCUUCGACACUUGCUGUGUGUUUCAGCUCGGCCGCUCUGAGUGGUGAAUCAAACGAAUCAAAUUGAAUCUGACUCACUUAAAUGAGUAGUUAGAAAGAGUUGAAUCAGUGACUCAUGAUGUUCAUCACUUGCUGUAAAUACACACUCACUCCAUUCCAUACAUGUAACUGUAUGUAUAUAAACAGUGCAUAUCUGAUUACUGUAUCUCACAUGUGAAGGUUUCAUUUUGUUGUUGUUGUUGUUGUUUUUGUAUUUAAAAGUAUUUUAAUUAAAGACUUCCUUAAUAAGCUGUAACAACAGAUCACUACACCUCUUAGCAUAUUCCAUCUUUCACACUUUCUCUCUAUGUAUACACACUGUAUAUGUAUUUAUUUACUAUAUUCUAUCAUAUUACAUUAUCUACACACUCUUAGUGAAUAGCUAACAGUAGUGUUGUGUAGUUUGUGUCUCCAGCUUUUUAUGUAAACAUUGAAUUUGCACAUGAGAUAAAACAGACGAGGAAGAAAGGAAACAGAGUGUUUGGAAUAAAUGAUGACUGUGUGUGUGUGUGUGUGUGUGUGUGUGUGUGUGUGUGUGUGUGUGUAUGUGUGUGUUCCAGUCUCUCCAUGACUGGCACACGUUGAUGAUGUCAUCAUGUCGCUCCAUGUUCAGCGUGAUCGAUAAAGCAGCAGGUGAAAACACACCUCUGUUUAACCGAGCUCACAGCUGAGACAGAUUUUCAGCUGGAAAAGUAUGAUGUGUGAGAUUUAAUCCACUCUCCAUCCAAAAGCAAUGAUGUGCUUCAACACAGCAGUUUAUCUGAUUUAAAACCUUCAUUCCUGCAAACUUUACUACAGUGUCACACUUUGUGUUCAACUCAAUCGAUGGAGAAUACGAUGAAGAAAAGAGAAUAAAAAUACAGCAGUACACCAGUGGAGCUGCUUGUGUGCUUUACGUGUACAUCUCAUUUAUUUACAUGAAAUCUGGAAAGAGGAAAAUAAACUGGGAAAUAAAGAGUCUGCUUUUCUCCAAGUGUAGUGA